GCGGGUAUCCCUCUCCGCUUUUAUCUCACUUCGUCGGAAUUGUGCACGAAACGGAGCAAACGAUAGUUUACAAUAAUCAUAAAUUGAAAUAUAACCUGAAGUUAAAGUUUGUUCUGGAGGAGCAUUCUUUGAAAGACAAAUGAAGAAAAAUGCCUAGUAAAAAAUUCAGAAGAACAAUACUUUUUAUUCUUCUACUCAGCAUCAUAUACAAUCUUUUACGAACAAGUUCUCCAUGGGGCCACCCUUCCAAAGCCAAGAACACCAACACAAGUAACAAAACUAGUCCUUUACCACCACUCGGCACACACGUCCCAAUGCCUUCACGAUUCAAAGGCAAAGCUAUGCCUUUCCAUCGAGUAUUUGAACCCCGAGAAAUAGGUUUCCCAAAAGAUUUGCUCAAACCACAAAACUCAAACAAAACAAAACUUAUUUUGGUGUGGACAUCAUGGAACAGAAUAAAGAAAACCAUCAAUUAUUAUUUUCUACGUCCGGGAAACAAAACUUUCAAACGACACAAUUGCCCUAAUUCGAACUGUGUUGCCACUUUUAAUAGAGAUAACUUGUUGAAAGCAGAUGCCGUACUUUUCCACUUGAUAGACAUCAAGUUGAAAGACAUGCCACCGAUUAGAACUCCUGAACAAGUGUGGAUAGUUUAUAACAUGGAGCCGCCUUGGUUGGUUCAAAGGCAUUUAGUUACCCCGAUGCUCCAAUUGCGCAAUGUUUUCAAUUGGACGAUGGGUUACAAAAGCAAUUCAAACAUCGUUGUCAGGUAUGGGUACAUCUCUAAAGUCAACGAGACAACACAAGUCAACGAGACCAAGCUAGGUGAUAAAAUGGUUGCCUGGUUUGUCAGCGAUUGCAAUACCGACAGCAAACGAGAAGAUUAUGUAUCAGAAAUGCAGAAACACAUAGAUGUCGAUAUUUAUGGGAGAUGUGGCAACAAAAAAUGUUAUCCAUCGCAAUCAUCUAUCUGUUACGAGACAGUUUUGAAAAACUACAAGUUUUAUUUGUCGUUCGAAAAUGCGAUUUGUGAGGAUUAUGUAACGGAGAAAUAUUUCAAUGUUUUCAAUUAUGACAUUAUUCCAGUUGUGUUUGGUGGCGCCAAUUACUCUUCAAUCGUUCCUCUCAACUCUUAUAUCGAUGCAACGGAAUUUCCACAACCUAAAAUGUUAGCGGAAACUUUGUUGAAUUUAGCAAGCAGUGAUGAGAAAUACUUGGAAUAUUUGAAAAGAAAACAAGGUUUCAAAGCUUAUCUAGACCCAUGGAUGUGCAAAUUGUGUAACAAACUUCAUGUUCCUAUUGAGAAAUCAACACUGGAAAGUGUAGAUAAAUGGAUUUUUGGUGAUGCGCAAUGUAAAAACUGGAAUAAAAUGAACAAAUCUUUCAUAAAUAAAGAAUAAAAGUGCUGAAGGGAUUUUAUUCUAGUUUGUAUUUUUGUACAUUGUCAUUAACUAGAUGCACAGAGAAAAAUUAUAAUUUUUUUAUUGUGGACCAUUCGUAAAAAGUAAUUUAUUAAUAAAAAUUUUUAUUUAAAA